ACGCGCGACUGGCUGACUUGAGUUGAGUUGAGGCAGUGCAGUACAGUCAGCAGAUCUACGUCUUUCAGUGUAGUGUAUUUUCUGUCACCCACGAGCUCUGAACUCAACUCUGACUGAAGACAAAGAGGAUGGCACUCCUUUGUCCCGCACCCGGCCAGGGCCGUGGUUUACUGCACGCUGUACGGCUCAUCGGCUUUUCCAGGCCUGGGCUGUCGGUACGAUGUGCCAGCACCGGAGCUUCGACCCAGGCUUUGUCAUUAUUCAACGAACCUCAGCUGGAGCAUUUCCAUAGUCAUGGAUUUCUCAAGGCCAGCGGAGACUUCCUCACCGCCGACGAGCGACAGAAUGUCAUCCGAUGGACCGCGGAGAUGAAGGAUUGGCCAGAACAAAAAGGUAAAUGGAUGAAAUACUUUGAGAAGAGUCCACAGGACGAGCGUGUGUUAUGCCGAGUCGAGAACUUCCUUCCGUAUCACGACGGGGCCCGCGACCUCGUCCGUGGCAAGAUUACGCGGGCUAUCAGUGAACUGAUGGGAGAGGAGGCUAUCUUAUACAAAGAGAAGAUCAACUUCAAGCUGCCUGGAGCUAAGGGAUUCCCUCCACACCAGGAUGCACCGGCGUACAUCACAUUCGGAAUGGACUACCACGUGACCUGCAUGAUCGCCGCCGAACCUGCUACCCUGGAGAAUGGCUGUUUAGAACUGGUGCCAUGGAAACGUGACCAGGGCGUCCUACCGCACCCAGAGGGCUCACUACCGGCGGACCGCGUGUCCGAGUGGAAUCGCAACAACACCUGGGUGCAGCUGACCUGCGAAGCCGGCGACGUGUUCUUCUUCAGCUCUCUGGUACCGCACCGCAGUCAGGACAAUCGCUCAGCGGAGCGCAGUCGAAGCAUCUACUACCUGACGUUUAAUCCUCUUCGUGACGGCGAUCGCCGUGACGGAUACUACACCGACAAGCGCCUGCAGUUCCCGCCGGAUGCUGAUAAAGUCCCCGGUGUAGACUAUAGCCAGGGUGCCGCCAUAUACAACCUCUCCACGCCCAUUCCCAGCCGGGAAAGCGGGUGAGCGUGAGGAGCACGAUUAGCCAGGUGGCCCGCUACCGGCGGACGCACUUGUUCCGCUUUGCUUUCGGCCGGUCUCUCUAUCUAUCUAUCUAUCUCUAUCGUCCGCAGAUUAAGUAUCAGCCUCUAUCUAUCUCUCCUCUUUCUUCCUCCUUUCUUGAAGUUGAUGUCCUGUUUGUUUUUCUCUGAUUCAGCAAUGGUGGCUCUAUUGGCCGUGGUGUGAGAUCUUUUAUUCCUUUCCUCAACGAUUGCAUAAACACAUUGUUAGCACUUAUCAGUCAACUGGGCCCGUGGGCCUGAUUUCUUCUAGUUUUGCUGAUUACCAACGUGCAGCGGCGUCAUUUUACAGAUGUCGACUGCACACCCAGGCUGUUUUCUCCUCUCUUUGAGCUUCCUCUGUCUCUUUCUGACUUUUCAUAUUCCUCCACAGUUCACGUAUGUAUUGGCAGCAUGGUGGUGCUAUAAAACUCGAAUCGCUUUAUCGAUCUUAUCUCUGCACUGCUACAAGUACAUAAAUACAUGUAUAAUUAUCAUCAUCUGACUUUUAAGUUUCUUUCUUCUCUGUUGGCAGUAGAUGUUCCAUUCUCUGUUGCUCUGUGCCCUUUUGCUCUGCACAAUACUAUAAUACUAUCUCUUUCUACUCUGUUACCAGUAGAUGUUCUAAUUUCUGCUGCUCUGUGCUCUGCACAAUACUAUAAUGGUACUGUCUCUUUCUACUCUGUUGCCAGUAGAUGUUCUAAUUUCUGCUGCUCUGUGCUCUGCACAGUACUAUAAUGUAGUAUUGUGGACACACCUGCGGUUGACCUACUCUGUCAGCUGCGCAUUCCUCGUCAUUAUUCUCUCUUUCUCUGUGCAGGCACGGUGUCUGUAUUCGUAUGUGGUGCAGUGAUAUUUUUACUGCUCAGAAACAA